AUGUGGAUUAGACACAAACAGGGCCGAAUACUGAACUACGCGCCAGACGAUCUCCAUCAAGCCCAAGUGCGAAGACAAAGAGGAUGGACAGAGGAUGAUGUACUCAUCUUCCUACGCCUUAAUCUGAUGGUGGCCACCUUCGAGUGGGCGGAAAUACUCGCUCAGGCAGCCACCGACAGAGAAGAGGGAUGCGACUCGUCAAUCGCUAAUGCCCUUAUCUACGCUCACACGAACUGGCGGACAAACGCCUUCCGUGAACACUGCAGGAUUAAUCACUACACUCCUGAAAAGACGAUUCCGGGCACACCAGGAUGGGAGUCCUUUGUCAAAUUGUACGAUGCAGAUAAAACCGCCGAACAGCUUAUACGGGCAUGGAAGGACUCUCCUCCACGAGCACCAGCACAUUCUUUCCUAGCGGAUACCAACAAUGUGGGUCAAAUGCUUCUAUGGCAGGACGACCAGGAUUUCCAGGACUACGCCCCGGACGACUCAGACUUCGAACAUGCAUUAGCAGAGUUAGAACUGAUCGAAUCGAGGUGA